AUGAAACAUUCUCGACAAACCCUAUCUUCCCUGCAUCUUCCGUUCGAUCUGGUGGCAGAUAUUCUGUGCAGACUCCCCGCGAAACACCUCAUUCGACUCCGUUGUGUUUGCAAGUCAUGGAAUUCUCUUAUCUCCGCAGAUUCCAUCUUCGCCAAGAAGCACCUCCGUUUGUCAACCUCCAGCCAUGACCACCACCACCUCAUCAUAACCCCUAAUCACUCCUCACACGAGUUCCUUGUUUUACAUUCCCCAAUCUCCUCUACCUUCAGCUCCACAUGCACUACUAGUGUCAAACACUUCAGCUACUCUAUUGGAGAGAUUCUUAUCAAAGGAGCCUAUCCUAAUAGUGCUUCCACUUGCGACGGCAUGGUAUGUUUGAUGAUAGAUGGUUCUUCCGCUCUCUUGUGUAACCCUUCCAUUAGAAAACUCAAAAUAUUGCCUCCUUUGAAUCUUCCAAAGCAAUUAUUUGCCUCAUAUACCUUAGUGUAUGAUCGUUUCACCAAUAAUUAUAAGAUUAUUUCUUUUAAUUCUACUGGUAGAAAAUAUGAAAUCAAUGUUCAUACUGUGGGUACUGAUUAUUGGAGAAGGAUUCAAGACUUCCCAAAUCCUUUGUUGGCUCCUCCUGUACCGGGAAUAUUUGUGAGUGACUCUGUUAAUUGGUUGGUAUAUGUCUGUGGUGAUGCUGCACGGUUCAUUGUUUCUCUUGAUUUGGAGAAAGAGUCCUGUGAAAAGCUUUCACUGCCUAUCAAUAUGGUCUUUGAUGUGCAAGUCUUAGGGACAUUGAGGGGUUGUUUGUCCCUCAUUGACACGAGGGACAAGUUUUCAGAUAUUUGGAUUAUGAAGGAAUAUGGUAAUGAAAGUUCUUGGACUAAAUUGUUAACUGUUCCUUCCAUGGUAGGAUGUAAUUUUUAUGCCUAUACCAGAGCAUUAGAUAUUUCAAAUGAUGACCAAGUGCUGAUGGAGUUUCUUAAGGAUGGAAAAUUUAAGUUGGUGGUUUAUGAUUUCAUAAAUAAUAUUUUUAAGACUUCUAAAUUUCAAUACAGCAGAGAGUAUGCGACGACACUACAAGUAUAUGUUGAGAGUUUGAUAUCACCUUUCUAG